CGAGUUUUACGCACGGGGCGGGCCUUUCAUUCAUGCAAGUUGGGGGGUGUAGGCCACUCAGUCAAAGACAAUCAAAGAUGUUUCAGUUUCCAUGCGCAGUGACCAGGGAGGUAAAACGCAGAGCAUUUAUUACCCCUCCUCCAGCCAAGAGCACCCCGGCCUCCCCACUACGGGGGUGUUUAAACCACAUUUGAUCUGAAUACCAUUUUUCUGCUUGGAAAACUGGUCAUGCGAUGCGAUUUAUAUCUGUCGGAGGAAAAAAGAAAAAACUAGAUACGACCUGUUGGCGGUGAUGGAUUACUCAAAGGCGCAAAUGUCGAGCUUAUCCGAUGAGGGCAGUUCAGCCGGGUUUCCACAAUUCAUUCCUGCUGGGGUAAAGUUGGAGGCGGUGAUGGAGCAGCUGCAGAGACAGCAAGAGGCCAAACUGGAGAUGAACCUGCAAGACAAACAUCUUCUUCACGCCCAGCUCUUGUUUGCUCAACAUGCCGCCAUUGCAGCGAGAGCUUCUGGAUCCAGACUAGACUCUGCGUUACUCGGCAAAGCAAACGGACAGACAUAUCAAGCAGCUCAACAAGCUUUGAACAGUCAACACAGCAGAAUAGACCCAGAUGAUGAAGACGAAGACUCAGAUGAGGAGGAUCAGGAAAUAGAGCCUGAAGAGAAUGAUGAUGUGGAGGAAGAUGAGGAUGAGGAAGACGACGAGGAGACUGGGCCUCAUCAGCAGGCGAAGAAGCCUAGACUCCAGCAGGUUUCAGGCCUCCCCUUUCCUCCUUAUUCAACAUCUCAGCCAUCUGCUGUGAGGCCAACGUCUCCACCUUCAGCAAUAAAACAAGAGCAAGAGGAAAAGGAGCUGCUGUCUCCUGCAGGCCAACAAGCCUUCACUUCACCCAAUGGCUUCGGUGACUGGGGCUAUGAUGAGCCAUUUAAACAAAGAGGAAGUGCCAUCUGGGCUGAGGAUACUGACGGAGGAAAAGUAAGAGGGGAGCCAUCCAGAGACUUUGCCAAGCUUUAUGAACUAGAUAACGACCCACAGCGGAAGGAGUUUCUCGACGAUCUCUUUGUCUUCAUGCAGAAACGAGGAACACCUGUUAACCGCAUUCCCAUCAUGGCAAAACAGGUGCUUGACCUGUAUAGGCUUUAUAAGCUUGUGACAGAGAAGGGAGGCCUGGUGGAAGUUAUUAACAAGAAGAUCUGGAGGGAGAUCACCAAAGGUCUUAACCUGCCCACAUCUAUCACCAGUGCAGCCUUCACCCUGCGCACCCAGUAUAUGAAGUAUCUGUACCCGUUUGAGUGUGAGAAGAAGGGCCUGAGCUCUCCAGGUGAGCUGCAGGCAGCCAUCGACAGUAAUCGCAGAGAAGGUCGACGUCCCAGCUACACCAACAGCCUGUACCGCUACUCUCCCUCCCCGAGCUCUGCUCCACAUGCUCUCAUAUCUUCACCAUCGAUGCAAGCCACCUCAACCGGACACAACGGCCUGAAUACAUCCGCUAGCCCAAUUCUAAAGAGAAAGACAGAUGAGAUGUCAACCUCUGUAAUAUCCAGCCGGCUGCCUAUGGCUCUGGCGCAGCAGCAGCAGCAGCAGCAGCAGCUGGCACAAGCUGCCACACUCGAGCAUCUGAGAGAGAGGCUGGAGCGAGGAGGAGCAGGAGGAGGAGGAGCUGCAGCCGAUGGUCCAGAGAAGAAAAUGAUGCAGAUGGCGGAAGAGCAGCAACGCCUCAUGCAGCAGGCCCUCCAACAAAACCUCCUGGCUUUUGCCUCUCACUUCAACCCUAUGAACCUCAAACUUAACAAUGGACAUGAAAGCAAACAGGAUUUGUCUCUGAGUAUCUCCACUAAUGGAGCAGCCAGUAUCAGUGUAUCUGUGGAGGUCAAUGGCACCAUUUACUCAGGAAUGCUGUUUGCCCAGAAGUCAGCUGCUCCUGUGGCGUCACAGGCUGUAACUCUGGCAGGAACAAGUGGUUUCAGUGCCCUCUCCUCCUCACACAGUCCUUCCUCUUCAUCUUCCACCUCCUCAAAGGGACCAAAUUAAGGCUCACCGGCUUUUAAAUCUGUUCGGAUUGAAAUUAUUACACAACAUACCUCUCUUGUCGGACAAGAACCGUGUGAGUUAUUGGGGGUAAUCAGCUGCAACAUAUGGAGCAAUUCAGUUAUUUCUAGCAUUGUUUUUGCCAUUACUUUGACAGUGUAAUGUGCUUUAAAUAAGUCAGGAGGACACUGGCCUUUUACCUCAAAGGCUUUCAUAUAUAGUAUACUUAUUGUAGUUUCAGAUCACAGUUUACCUUAGUGCCUGUUAGUAGCAAAAUGUAGUGGGAUUAAUGUCGAAAGGGCUUUACAAGGUUUGUUCGAAAGUGUCUUUAGAGCAGAGUAAGCACGAUGAGAGCCAAUGCGAAGUCUCUUUCUAUGUAGCUAAUUAUCAAACAGUUCUGUAGCUGCCUUUUCCAGAGUAGAACCGUGUGGUGCUGCUGAUGAUGACCAAAAAGCCUUAGUUCAAUGUCAUAGCUCCUGUCUGUAACUGUCAACUUUCAGGGAUUAUUUACACUAUCAGUUUCCACAAAAAUGAUGUGUCCUAAAGAAUCAAAUGGCAAAGAUAUUGGUUGCAGGUUGGUUGAAUUUUUCUUUUUCUUUUUUUUUUUAAAUGUUUUGCAUUGUGUGUUAUUUUAGUUUUUUUAUUUUUUAUUUUAUUUAAUCAUUUGGCUCUAUGGUUAUUUCAUGUCAGCUGUCAAUCAAAGGCAAAGUGUGAGAGACGAGGUUUCUCUUGGAACCUGUAUGUGGGAUGGUAGUGAUACAAAUUUACCUCAGUUGACUUCCCUCGUUGGUAAGUUUCUCUGGAAUUUCUUCUGGACUCAGGAAUGUCCUCUGGACACAUCAUUGUUAGACUGUAUCUCAUGACAUAAUGUUGUGUUGUGUUUGUAUAAACGCAGAGAAUGUAUCGUUAAUGACCUCAAACUUUUUGACAAGUGAACACUGAAAGAGCUCUACCUCACUCUUCUAGAGAUAUAUGCAAUAUUUAGCGUGUUGAUUUAGCCAUCUGCUGAAAUCUUCUGUAUGUGGACAAUCAAGCAGACAUUAUUGCAAACAAAUGCCACUGUGAAUUUUACAACUGUAACAAAUCAGACUUGAUGUUUAACUCUGUUUUGGUCUUUGAUUAACAUAUUUCUUGGACAUGUGGCCAUGAAGAAUAAAACAAUCGUGUGUGCUGUAGAAA